GACUCCGUCGACACGACGGUAGCUGGGAAGGCCGGAGGCAAGCUUGGUGUUUCGCCAUUGACCGACGAGGACAACCUCCCCACUCCAUCGCAUGCCAAGAAGCCUUUGAGUCCCCCCAGCCAAAAUGAUGCCGGGGUCGCUGAAGACUCCAGUUCCUACAACUCGUUCAUCAUGUCGAUCUCGAUGAUUAUUGUGUCGGAAAUUGGUGACAAGACGUUCUUGAUCGCUGCCUUGAUGGCCAUGAGGCACUCGAGAUACGUGGUGUUUUCCUCGGCGUUCUUGUCGUUGGCCAUCAUGACGGUGUUGUCGGGGUUGGUUGGCCACGCCUUGCCCACGCUUUUGUCGAGAAGAUUGACCCAGUUCCUUGCAUCCAUCUUGUUCUUGGUAUUUGGCUACAAGUUGACCAAGGAAGGGUUGGAAAUGUCCAAGGAUAUGGGCGUGGAGGAUGAGUUGGCCGAGGUGGAAGAGGAAAUCGAGUUUUCCAAGCAAAACAACGCUGGCGAUCUCGAGUCAGGACAAGUCUCGAAACAGAAGGAAUGGUACGUCGAAGUGGGCGAACAAGUCAAGAACUUGGCCUCGUUCGUGUUGUCCCCAAUCUGGAUCCAAGUCUUUGUUAUGACCUUUUUGGGUGAAUGGGGUGACAGAUCUCAAAUUGCCACCAUCGCCAUGGCUGCCGGUUCUGAGUACUGGUUUGUCAUCAUGGGUGCCAUCAUUGGUCACUUUGUGUGUACAUUGGCCGCUUGUAUUGGCGGUAAGUUGUUGGCCAAGAAGAUCUCCAUGAGAAACGUUACCUUGGGUGGUGCAUUUGCAUUUUUUGUGUUUGCCUUGUUGUACUUCUACAGUGCCUACUACGAUCUCGAG